UUUUCCAAAAAAGAAUUAUGAGAAAUUAUUUCUCUUUAAAAAGUUUAAGGAAACAUUUAUGAAUGUGUAUGAUAUCUUCCUAAAUUUGAGUUAUAUGCAUAUUUUAGGAAAAUAUUACUGAAUAAGUAUAAUAUUUUUUAAAGCCUUUCUUCAAAAAAAAAAGAAAUAUCUCUUAAAAUUUAGAAAUAUAUUGAUAAAUAUGUAUAAUAUCUUUAUAAAUUGUAAGAAAGCUUUAUUAAUGUGUAUUUAAAAAUUUAGAUUGUUUAUUUUAUUUUUUGCUGUAUAUCUAGGUUUUAGCGUUCAUAAAAUAAAUAGCAUAUUUUCUCAUGACACCACAUCAUCAUUUCAUAUUUUCAAAGUGUGAUACAUUAUUACUUUAUACUGUUUUUAAUUGUUCACUUGAUUAAUUAUGUGGAGUUAUCUAGAUUUUAACACUUAUAAUAACUAUCAUCCAUUAUUAUUUUGAUAAUUAAAAAUUGAAAAUAUAUUUAUUUAUUAAACAUAUAUUAUUCAUUAAUUUAAACAAAAAAAUAAUUUACUAUAAUUUAGACUUACCAAAUAUAUUUAUAUAGUCUAAGGGAAUAUUUAUGUUUAAAUAAUGAUACAUUUAUAUUUUUAAUUAUUAAUGAAAAUAACAUAUUAUUAUUUAGUUUUAAAUAAUGAUACAUUUAUCUUUUGAAUUAUUAGAUCAACAUAUAUUUGGUAGUCCAGAACUGAAAUAUCGCACAUAAAAUCCAAAACAAAAGUCUAAUUAAAUAGAUUAUAUAACCUCACAGUUUUUUAAAACACAUGAUCAAAAAGAUAAAGGGCAUAUUAAUAACAUAGUAACCAAAUCUAUUCUUUCAAACUUUUUCUCAUACAUUGACAUUCUUUGCAAAACCGCCAAUAUGUUCCAAUAACAAUGACAAACAACUAAUCAACUUAACUUAAGAGUCAGUUUACAUAUCUUAUGUUAUAUAAUAGCCUUGGGUAAAAGAGUUUCUAAAACCUUUCAAAAACACAACAUACAUGGAGAAUAAGAUUCUUGGCUACACAAAACAAAAUUAAAUGGUCAAAACCACAAGAACAUCCGGAGUAAUAGGGCUCAAAAGCUAUUUUAGUACAGUACAGCAACACGUGGAGAAAGCAGAUACAUUGUCUCCAAACACAAAACAAACUCAAACACCACUAGUCCCAAUCUUAAGAGUUUUACCAAUCUUGAAUCUCAUGUCUCUUGAUGAUCCCCAAACCGAAUCCAUUCAUAUGCUUAACAGAUCAUCAAUGUGUGUUCCAGAGUUUAAAAGCAACAAUGACAAGACGACCUUCUCGCAGAUUUUGUUAAUCACAUCCAUUGGCUUGCUCUUAGCCCUUGCAUUGCAUUACCGUCUCAGGAAGAUACGUCACUCCAAGAACAUCCCUCGUCUCAGACGGUCUCACAAACACAAAGGCCAUGAGAAGCUCGAGAGAUUCUCUCACUACGUUGGUAAAAUCAAUCUACAUAUUAUCCUCUUCGAAUUCUCCAUGAUCAUAUACAUUUUGAUGCAUCACCAUAAGGACAUGUUGUUUUGUGUUUUUUAUUUCUUUCUAUUUGUUGCAGUGCGUCAAAUGGGAUUCAAGGACAGGAGAGAAUGUCCUCAUCUCUGCAAAUUAGCCAAUGAGUACAUAAGGAAAUCAGGUUGCUGCGAGGAAGACAUCUACAGUUUCUUCUCUGAAGAGCCUGAUGCUGAUUCCCUCUUCAUUAAACUCGUUGAGGAGUUUGAAAGGUGUAUUCUCAGUUACUUUGCUUACCACUGGAGCCAUGCAGAUCUCAUGAUCAGUCAGAUACUCAGCGCUGAUGUUGAGCCUAAAAAGAAGCUCAAGCACAUUGUCAUGGCUGCAACAAGGGAUCAGAGGUUUGAGAGGGUGACUAAGAAUCUAAAAGUGGCAAGAGUGUUCAACACAUUGGUAGAGGAAAUGAAAGCAAUGGGGAUAGCAUCUGUUGAUGACUCGGAAUGUACAGAAGUAAUGGCUCCAGUUGCACACAAGGACAGAAGCCCUGUUCUACUCCUUAUGGGUGGUGGUAUGGGUGCAGGAAAGAGCACUGUUCUUAAAGAAAUUCUUAAAGAACCAUUUUGGGCAGGAGCAGAUGCUGUGGUGAUCGAAGCUGAUGCUUUCAAAGAAUCUGAUGUGAUAUACAGAGCUCUAAGCUCCAGAGGCCAUGCUGAUAUGAUCAAGACUGCUGAAUUCGUUCACCAAUCAUCAACAGAUGCAGCAUCAUCACUACUCGUUACAGCUCUCAACGAAGGGAGGGAUGUGAUAAUGGAUGGAACACUCUCGUGGGUACCGUUUGUGGUACAGACCAUAACCAUGACAAGGAAUGUGCAUCGCCACCGUUACAGAAUGGGAGCUGGCUACAAGGUUGGUGAAAACGGAGACGUGAUAGAGAACUAUUGGGAACGCAUAGGGGAAAGACAACAGCUGCAAGAGGAUGGGAAGGAGAGAAAGCCAUACAGGAUAGAGCUGGUUGGAGUUGUGUGCGAUGCGUACUUAGCAGUGAUUCGAGGCAUUAGGAGAGCAAUAAUGUGUAGAAGAGCGGUGAGGGUGAGAUCUCAGCUGACAUCUCACAAGAGGUUUGCAGAUGCGUUUCUUACGUAUUGCAACAUAGUUGACAAUGCGAGGCUUUACUGCACCAAUGCUCUUGAAGGUUCACCAAAGAUGAUAGCGUGGAAAGAGAAGGAGAAGACAUUGCUAGUGGAUCCAGAGGAGAUAGACUGUUUGAAGAAUGUAGGGAGGUUAAACGAGAAUGCAGAAUCAAUUUACGAGCUGUACAGAAGACCAAACCCUGCCUGUGAAGCUGGAUCAAUAUGGAAAGACAUUGUGCUGUCUCCUUCCAGGUUCAACAUUCAGCAGGAGCUCAAAUACUCAAUUCAGAAAGUGGAAAGAUUCAAACAGUGUCUCCAAGAUACACCAAAGUCAGAAACAGAGCAAAGUGAUGUACUUUCUUCCUAGCUUUGUUUCAUUCUAUGUAAGAGAUGUGUUAAAGGCACCAAAUGCAUCAUAUGAUUCAGACAAAAGGUACUAAUCUCACCUUAAAACUUUCCCAAGUUUGUUGUUCUUAAAGUAGACCAGUUCCUUCAAAGCAUAGUAUGUUGUCUGCAUUAUAAUAUUCAACAAGAAAUAAGCAUGAACACAUUGAGACAAUGCUCUAGAUUCAUACAAGAAUCAGUUCAGGCAGAAAGAACUGAUUCCUUCAAAGCAUAGUAUGUUGUCUGCAUUAAAACAUUCAACAAGAAAUAAGCAUGAACACAUUGAGACAAUGUUCUAGAUUCAUACAAGAAUCAGUUCAGACAGAACUAGACGAGCAUUAACCAUGUAAGAAGCUUAAAGCAGACCAGUUUCUUCAAAGCAGCAAUGAAACAAGAACUUUCAACAAGGAAGAAGCUAAACACGUUGAGACAAUGUACAAGAAUCAAUUUAGACAGAAGUAGAUGAACAUUAACCAUGUAAGAAGCUUCAUUAAAACAAACCAACAAUUACAAAACAAAGGGUUUCAAGAAGAAACCAGAAACAACGAAAA